AGGUAUGGCGACGGAUGUUGUGUAUCUUUCUGUGCUGUGUCUUUGUGUCCUAAAAGUUACCUCACAAUCCUGUGGCACAAAGACUGUUGGGAAUGCCUCGCCUGGCAGCUUCCAAGACAACCUGGAUACUGUUGCUACGGGAAUCGGGUAUCUAGCCAGCAACUACGCGUUUGACUGCUGUGGAGUAAUUGACAAAUGGCAAGUUGUCAUCGGUGCUCUUGGCACAAUCAAAUUCCAAAUAUGGCGGCCAAAUGGAGCCAAUUACGACCUUGUAAGCGAGAAUACCUACACUUUUAGCACAGCUGACCAACUGGUGGAGCAGACAUUGAAUGUGGGAGAUGGAUCGAGACUCACUGUAAUACCAAAUGACGUCAUGGGAUGGUACACUGCUGGUAAAGACAUGAUACCUUACAAUUCAGUGUCCGUAACUGGUGCAGUACAGCUUACGAUGACAGCGCCUUCUAUCGGCGCUACUAAGAACUGGGCAGGGGGAACAACUCUCGGUUCCCGAACAUAUGCAAUUAAUGCUCUAACAUCCGGUAAUUCCAGUCCGACGUUUACAAACCUUGACCAGACCCUGACUUACGCAGACACAGACACCCCGCCCACUACACUCCUAACACUGACCUACAACGACGUGGAUCCUCAAGAUACCGUACUCACCGUCGCCAUGACGACAACGUCAAACGAGUUUCAAAUAAAUGCACUAGAUCAAGUGCAGCCCCAGACUGGGCAGUGGACGGUUGGAACGUACCCUUUGACCUUUACUGUAACUGACCAGUGCGGUAAUGUUGUAACCGGAACCCUCACCGUGGAGAUCACCAACACUGCGCCAGAUAUGACAGCAAUGGCUACGUCGGCGAGUGUGAAGGAAGACGUGGUUGUCGAGACGCACUUGACAGACCUGAUUGUGACAGACUUCCAGACGUACACGUGUACCUACACCGGCCCGAAUCCAUUCAAUGUUCAGCCGAAAACAGCAGGGAGUACAAUCUAUGCAUUGUUCCUUAACGGGGAGGCAAACUUAAAAUACAACACUAAGAAUCAAUACACGCUCACCAUCACGUGCACAGAUGACCUUGGUGUGUCCUCCACCAAGGACGUAGUAGUCAGUAUUACAGAAAAUGCACCACCGUCCAUGGAUAAUCUCCCAAAUCCGGUAGACGUGGACACACUGACCACCACGACAGGAACACAGAUAUUCGCAAUCAAUGGAGCGGACACCGAUUCCACAAAUCUAUUUUACAACAUGACGUGUUCUCCUGCCAACUGUCCGUUCCAAGUCCUCAACUCUGGUUCGAUUGUGGCAACAGAGGAUUUGAAUUUGCAUAAGACAGCUGCCUACGACCUUAAUGUGUGGAUAUACGAUAAAUGGUCGCUAGUCGGACCCGAAACUCUGAGCGUCACACUUACAAAUAUCAACGACAUUCCCGAAAUUAAUAAUAUACCGAGUGGAUUGACGGUGUCAGUUCCGGAAAAUAGUGCCAUUUCCAAAUACAUCAUCAACGCUGCCGUCACAGAUGGAAACGCUGCAGACAAGCAUACGUUCUCUGCCGUAUUUUCGCCGGCAGAGGGCUCUAGUUAUUUCCGAUACUAUGCAAAGUAUGGAGUCGUAUUACCAAAGGUAGUCAUUGACUACGAGGAGUUGCUGGCUAAAGGAAUCACAUCAUUUAACGUCGCCAUGACAGCGAACGAUGGACGAGAAGAUUCGCCAACCAAGCACUUCACGAUAGAGGUCACUGACGUCAACGAACAACAGACGGGAUUUUCGCAGGCUACAUAUCAAAUCACAGGAGUAGAGACUACCACCACCUUCGCUGACCUGAGCCCCACGCUUGUUAAUUCCGUGAUAGACCCCGACGACACACGAGAUACACAGACCCUUACCAUGGACUGUGGGGCCAACACAGGGUUGUUCUCCAUGGAUCCAAGCACAGGGCGCGUCACAAAGGCUGCUGAGUACGACCUAGACGCCACACAAAAGACGACAGAAACCGUCGCAUGUGUUGUGACAGCGACUGACGAAGCUGGGCACACUGUAACGGCCGACCUGAACAUUGUCAUCAACGAGGAAAACGAUAACCCACCCGUGCUGAACAAGGACACUUACACUCGCUUCCUGCCUAUUAACACGGGGGCGGGGUCACGGUUCGGUCCGUUCUCUUCCACUGACGCAGAUGUGCUAGACGACCACACUGAUACAACGUACACACUGACCGGGGGGUCGGGGCUGUUUGGCCAUACGGACUGCUGCAGUGUCUACAACAACGUCAACUUUAGCACAACAACAUACCAGGUAGGUGAUUCGUUUCCAAUGACCUUGACCGCCAUCAACAAAAAUGGCCUCAAGGACACGGCCACUUUCAACGUCAUUCUUACCGACCCUGUGACCACUUCCGCUCCUGUUGCGGCUGCCACCACAGCCGCCACAGCGGCAUCUACCUCUUCAUUACAGUUUCCUGAGUUUGGUGGCAUCGGGGGUAUCUCUAACUUCCUGGACGACCCUGAAAAUCUGGCAUGGUUUAUACCUACAAUGAUCCUGCUGGCUAUCAUGACAGCGUUACUUGCAUACAUGCUGUACAGAUGUUUACGGAACCCGGGUGCCUUUUCUAAACUUGGAAAGCUGUGCAAAGGAAGGUCGUUAAGGUGCAAAUGGCGAAGUCGCAGUAAGAGAAUAACGAAGGCUAAGUCUCCAAAGAAGGUCAAGGCCAAAAACAAAAAGGGAAACAAAGUUCGCCAGUUGGAUAGCAACGACGGCAAGUACGAGUGGAACAUCUGGUCCCAUUCUGACUUCGGAAACAAAACUGUCGAGCACAGAUAGAAAAUGAAGAGGAAUUGAUGGGACAGUUGCAGACCAAUUAUCUUAGAGUGGAUAAAAUGUUUGGUCUGUAGACUGAAUUUUAUAUCUAUUGCUCCAUAUAACGUUUGGGGAAUAGAAAACAACCUUCACUCCUACAAGCAUCACUGUAUCGUAGUGUAUUGUAUCAACUCUAUCCUGUGAUUGUUGAAGUAACAUUUUGUAAUUAUGGACAAAAUCGUCAUUUGUGCCGUAUCAAUUUAAUGGUGAAGUGGAACCACACGAUAAGCACUAUUUUAUGAUAAAAUACAGACAAAACAUUGAUGUAAAUACCGGAAAAAGUAGACAAUUAAAACAGUUUCUGUGUUACUAUGCUAGUAAUCUUAAAUAUUCGUUUAUGUUCUUCAAGAAUUUGCACAUAAAACCAUACCAGCGUUUCUUCAGUUAAUUAUUUAUUUCAUUAUUUAUUCAAUGUUGAAGAUGUUGGGAUUUCAAUGCAUGUAAAUAGUGACGAAAAGUUAUUUGCCAUCCAUCAUGAAUACUUAACGCCACAAUCAUAAUUUCAUGAGAAAUAUUUUGUUUAUGCAGUGACAAAGAGAGGGGCAAUGUCUAAAUUUGAUUUUGAUAUUUUUUGACUGUAAGUUAUUUUAUUUUUUUUCAUUGGAUACUAUUUUUUGCUAAAAAAAUUAAUUCGGUAUGCUAUUGCGUGUCUUUAGCAACAAUAUGAUCAAACUUCAAUUUUGCAGUUUAAGUCUUGAAUAAAUGUA